AUGUCGGGAACGCAGACGGAGACGCUGGUCCAGCUUCCCAUCCAUGAUGAUGGCGUCGAGACCAGUGAAGCGGACGGGGAGAAGCCGAUCAAGGUCGACUUUGAUCUCCAGAUUGGCGUCGAGGAGAUCCUCGUCGACGUCGAUCCCAGUGUUUCCCUCGAGUUUCUACAGCGAGCGAAUGCCCUCGCAGGAAAACGCCCGCCUCAUGUCCCAACCAAGGAGUGGCUCGUCAACACGCACAAUGAGCACGUGCAGAAAUUCCAAGCCGCAAUGGUCGGGCAGACCAAUGUGCCGAGGAUGGUAAAGAAGGUCAUUCUGGCCCUCUCAUACGCACCAUCAACAACACCCAUCAAGGACCUCGAGACUAUGCCGCUCAAUGAGUUGCUCGUCGAGAAUCACCACGAAGAGAAGAAACUUGUCGUCAGGACAGUUACACCACCUUACCAAGGCGCUGGAGUCGUGACCAUCGUGGAGGACGAGUUUGGUAACGUCGAGAAGCUGGGAAUCUACAACCAGGGAGACUCCAGCAUACUUAAUGCCGUGCCAGAGGGUUCUGUUGUGCUUAUCAAGGAGCCAUACUAUAAAUUCAGCGGCAACCAUGAUUUCAUGAUCUGCGUCGAUCACCCCUCAGACGCUAUCCUUCUGCGCCAAGGGCCCGACGAUGAGCUGAUUCCAGAAGUCUUCCGAACUGGUGAAGAGCUCAAAGAGGCCCCCCAGUGGAGAGAAGCUGGUGACAAGGCAUAUAUGGCGAGGAAUUAUCCCUUGGCCAUGGCAAACUACACGAGAGCCCUCGAAUUGGCCCCCGCAGACGAUGAGAAGUUCAGAUCCGACUUGUGCUUGAAGAGGGCCGGCGUGCAGCUCACACUAAAGUGUUACGACGGCGCCAUGGCCGAUGCCCUCGCCUCUCUUGGAGGUCCCACGGACUGGAAGUCCUACUUCAUCGCCGCGCGUGCAGCCUACGAACUCACAUUCUUCGACGUCAGCAAGCAGCACUUUGAGGCGUCCAUCGCAAUUAAGCCCCCCACACCUCAGAUUGAGAAGGAGUACAAGCGAUGCCUGGCGCGCGUUGAUGAGGCUGAGAACGGCAACUACGACUUUGCGACAAUCGCUCAGUCCGUAACCUCCAAAAACAUCCACCUUGACAAGGCAAGUUACAUCACGAAGACUGAGGUCCGUGAUUCACCACACCACGGUCGCGGCCUCUUCGCUACACGCGACAUCAAAGCAGGCGAGAUUAUCUAUGCGGAAAAGUCGACAUGUGUGCCCAACGAGUUCCACCCCGAACACAACGCCGCCGCUGCCUACGCCCAGCUCGUCGAACGCUGUAACGACAACCCUUCUGUGCACGAGAAGGUGCUUGGGCUCUACGGUGGAACGUACAAGCGCAGCGGCCGCGAGAGCGAGGUCAUCGACGGCAAGCAUGUCGUCGACGUCUACCUCCUCGAGUCGAUUCGUCGCAAGAACUGCUUCAGCGGAACACACGUCUCCGCUCAGGCUGCCAACGCCAACUGGGACAUGUGGAAGCAGGGUAUGAGCCGAGGCCUCUGGGUCUACUCCGCCUACUCCAACCACUCGUGCCAGCCCAACUCGAACCGGUCCUUUGUUGGAGACAUGCUCAUCUCCAUUGCCGUCGUCGACAUUCCUGCCGACACCGAGAUCACGCAAAUCUACCUGCCUCCAAAGGCCGCCUACCUCCAGCGUCUUGAACAGUACCGUAAGAGUUGGGGCUUCAAGUGCGCGUGUGACAUGUGCGCCGGCGAAGGCAAGAGCCCCAAGGAGAUGCACGAGAAGCGUAUCGUCGCACUGCGGGAGCUGGAGGCGAAUUUGCGCAAGAAGAACAUGAGCGCUCGCCUCUAUCAGUCCGAUGCCAUGAUCCGAGAAAUCGAACGCCUUCACAAACGUCUCGAUAGCCUCUUUGAACCAGAGAUCUACGGGACACUUCCUCGCAUGAUGAUGAUUUGGCCCUCGAUGUGGUUUAUGGAGGUGUACCGCACCAGGAAGGCCUGGAAGAAGGCCAUCAAGUGGGCGUUAGAGGUGCUGCGUAACUUUGGGUUCAUCGACCCGCUGAGGAACAUGGACGGCGAGGUUGGCGGUGACGAGUCGAUGCUGUGGGUCUUCAAGUCGCAGACGGGUGUGGUGACGUUUGAGACGAUCAAGGCAUUGAAGGUGCUUGCUGAAGGGUACUGGGCGCUCGGGGAGACGGUCCUUCAGAGGCAGGCGACGGCGGCGGCCAAGAUUGCGCUCAAGUGCAUGGUGGGCUUUGUGACGGAGGAGACAUAUUGGUCUUUCAACUAA